AUGUUUAUUACUACUAUCGAAAAUUUAUCGAAUGAGUUGUUCUAUGAAAUAUUCGAUUAUCUUGAUGGUUGUAACAUAUACAGAACAUUUUUAAAUCUUAAUUAUCGAUUUCAACAACUUCUUCAUGGAUCAGCCCUUCAUUUUAAAAUAACCAUUCCUUCAUUAAAUAAAACAGAUGAGGAGGACUAUGAACAACUUUUACUUAUUAAUAAACAACAAAUUCUUUCGUUGACUGUAACAUUAUAUUCAAGCGAGGAUAAUUUUUUUUCGUUAUAUCCAAUUAAUUUAUUUACCUGUCUUGAAUCACUCUCUCUAAGUAGCAUUCAGUCAGAAAUACUUAUUUCAAUACUUACUGAUUUAACUUAUUCAACUCAUCUUCGUUCAUUAACCAUUGACAUUGAUACACAAUCGCCAUCAAGCAAUUUAAAUGAAAUUUAUCGAUUAAUUUUUACUUUACCACAAUUGAAAUAUGUUUCAUGUUCAUCAGAUAGUACUAUUAAAUCUAAAUUAUUGUCAGUUGCUACGAAAAAACAAUUAACAACUAUUGAACAUCUUGUUAUUGAUCAUAACUGUACUUUUAGUCAACUUUCUAUAAUCAUAUCUUAUACACCUAAACUUCGUUAUCUCCAUAUAUCUUCGCUCGAUGAGAAUAACUAUUCAAGUGAAACAAUAUUACCAAUUAAUUUAUUCAAUUUGACCCACCUUUCAAUCAAAUCAUGUGAAAUAACAUUUCAUGACUUAAAGUUUUUUAUUACAGAAACUAAAUGUAAUUUAAAAGUUUUACAUAUUGAUUAUAUACAAUUUUAUGAUCCGCACUAUGUUGAUGAUAAUCGAUGGGAAAGUUUAAUCUCAGAAUGUUUACCAGAAUUAAAAAAAAUUUAUCUUAAUUGUUAUCAAGAGAUUGACACUGAACCUGAUUCUUUAGCAUGUUGUGAACCUCGACAUUCGUUUACUUCAUUAUUCUGGAUUGAACGCCAAUGGGCAUUGGAUGUUGAAAUGAAUUCAUUUGAUAUUGUCUAUUCAAUUGGUUUAUAUAAGGAUCGAUGGUAUGAUAAAAAAUCUUCUAAUGAACUUUCAAAAUUUACUCGAUUUAUUAUAACAGAUGUGCUUGAUGAUGUAUUAGACUUUAUCUUUCUUGGUAUUUUAAUGGUGACGCAAAUUUUUCAUUUGGAAAUUAGAAAACAUACCAUGUGUUCAAAUACAUUAAUUCAAAUCUUAGAUUAUUUAUCUGAACUUGAUUCAUUAAGAAUCUCUUCUUUUAUUUUAUCUGAAUCAAAAUUGUUAUCUUUCACAUCAACUAAAAGUAUAAUUACAAAAGUUUAUUUGGAAAAUAUGAAUUCAAUCGAAGAAAUUGAUUUUAUUAUGCAGAUUUGUCCUCGUUUAACAUAUCUCAAAAUAGAUUUAACGAAUAAGAUUGAUUAUGAAUCAUUUUUCAAAUAUAUUUUACAAAAUAGCCAUCAGUGUCUACAAUUAAUUUGUCUUCAUUUGCCAACAACAAUAAACAACGAACUAGUUAAUAAAUUACACAAUCAUAAGAAAUUAAUUCAGCAUUAUACAAUUGAACUUGAAGACGAUAAUAUCUAUUUACAUCGAAAAUGA